GAGAGAGAGAGGGAGAUGACCUAGUAGAAAAAGGGGGGUUGUAAUGUGCACCUUCUCUUCUCUGUCUUGGAGAGGUGUGUGGGUUGAGCGUGAUUUUACGGAGAGAGAGAGAGAAAGAGAGAGAGGGAGAAAGAAAGAAAGAAAGAAAAAAAGAAAAAGAAAAGUGACUUCAGAGGAAAUUUCUGAAAAGUGCUUCAUAUCUUUUGAGGAUUUUUCUGAAGACAUUCAAACAAGGAGGAAGUGUCACUGAUCAACAUUCCUGGAGAACAUGUUGGACAUGGAAACAAAUGGCAGACACCACUGACGUCUGUUGAGCCAGUGUGGUCACUUGAAGUGAGGACAACUCAACAAUCUUGAAGAAAAAAGUCUCACCUUACUUCAGACUGUUUCUUGCUUGGACAUCAACAGCUACAAGUAUGAGGUGACUUCUCCAGAGGAAUUUAGAAGAUAGCAGCUCUCCAGGGUAGACUGAAAUUUGCUUGAAUAUUCAUGAAAAGCUUUUAGGCACCAAAAUAUUCCUUGGAUAAAUCUGAAGGUUUUUCAAAACUGACUUUGGGAACCUCCUCUGGACUAGAAUUAAGCAUUUCUGUUUGUUCUUUGGACAUAUAUAGCUUUUUAAAAUCCAUUUAACUGCAGAAACUGCUUUCAGACAACGUGUUGAUAUUUUAAUUUAUUUGCUACUGAAUGUGACAUAGGUGGUGACUUGUGAGCCAACUGUUUCAUGUACUGCAGAAUAUUUUAGAUAAUCCUCAGGGGAUUCAAUCAAUCACCAUUGAUUAUAUUUGCCUUCUACUGAAUCAGUAAUAAUCUAAAUCCAGAGGGAGAAGGGCUGGGAGGAAAGCAACCCUCAUUUAUCACCAGCUAGUCUUAGUCUUUGUUCAUAGAAUAGAAGGAUGGCACAGAAAGAAGGAGGAACAGAGCAGGGGCGUGUUAAGACAGGGGACAAUCUGGGGGCCAAAGCCAUGGCCGGGGCCCCUAUUGCAGGCGGAGGAGUGGUGGUGGAGGUCAGGGAGAAGAAGGGACCUCUGCGGGCUGCAAUACCUACAAUGCCUUUCCCUCUUGCUGUCAUCUGUCUGUUUCUGAACACCUUCAUACCUGGACUAGGUACCUUCAUCUCAGCGUUCACGGUGCUGUGUGGAGCUCGCAGUGAGCUGAUCUCCGAGAAAGGUGUGUGCUGUGUGUUCUGGCUCAAUGUGGCAGCAGCCCUGAUCCAGAUACUGACGGCCGUUAUCAUGGUUGGAUGGAUCAUGAGCAUCUUCUGGGGAAUGGACAUGGUCAUCCUCGCGAGUCAGUAGCUGUCGAUCUGUUUAUCUUUCUG